GGGAUGCAGCUGUUGAUGGGGAUGAUCAUGUAGAAAAUCCUAAUAAUCAGACUAGUGCUAACGUUGAGCCAAAUCAACCAAUGGAAGAGGAGCCUGAGGUUGCCAAUCCUGAGCGUGAACAAAUUGUAGCUACUAGAUUUGAGAGAGAUCCUGGUAAACGUGUUCAAAUAUUGGAUCUGCCAACUGAUCAACAAGAUGAAGCUAGAAGAUUUUAUAUUUCAGAGGGCCCAUAUCAACUAGAGUUGACAGAGUACGAACCAUGUGAAUUGGCUCAUGGUCGUCGAUUUCAGAGCAGUUGGUUCAAGAAAUUUCAUUGGCUAGAAUAUUCACCUCACACAAAUCGUGCUUACUGCCUGCCAUGUUUUUUAUUUUCCAAGAAGCCAACUGGGAAAUCAGGAUCAUAUGCAUUCAUAGUCAAUGGAUUUCAGAACUGGAAGAAAGUUAAUCGUGGAAAAGAAUGUUCUUUUCUAAAACACAUGGGGGAUGUCGACUCAGCUCAUAAUUAUUCAGUUCAAUGUUUUGUUAAUCUUAAAAACGAAAUGGCUCAAAUUGACAAUCAGAUGCUUCAAAAGAAAAAGGCAAUGUUUGCAUCAGGAAGACUAAGGCUUGCGGCUACAAUUGAUUGCAUUAG